AUGCCUGUCCAUUUGUCACGCAAUCUGACAGACUUCCAGUCGAAAAUCGGUUCAGCAGAUCGAAAUCGCUUGUUCGUCGUGGAUUUCUAUGCUGAUUGGUGUGGUCCAUGUCGAUUUAUUGCACCUAUUGUUGAACAGUUCUCUUCACGAUUCACAAAUGCCACAUUCCUGAAAGUCAACGUCGAUAAUUCACCAGAUAUAAGCAGGCAGUAUGGCAUUCGAGCUAUGCCAACUUUCGUGCUAAUCAAGGAAGGCAGAGAAAUGGAACGAAUUCAAGGCGCAAAUCCGCAGGCAUUGGAGCUGGCUAUCAGUCGACACUAUUCCUCUGCUCCUGCAAAUCCGAACGCCGCUACCGAUCGCGAAAAACGGUUCCUACAACAAUUUUCUCUGAAGUGUUAUACGACUGUGAAGCUUUAUUCGGAUAUUGUUUACAAAACUCUUGCCAUAAGUUUGAUUCCUGCUGACGAUUUGCGACAGCAAGCCACGGACGAACAUGGUGUUCUAAACCGAUUACUCGACUGGUUCAAAAAUGACUUCUUCUCGUGGUGUGACAGUCCUGUUUGCGAAUCAUGUGGGUAUCAAACAAUGAAGGGUUCGGGUUUGAAAGGUACUCCUACAAUCGAAGAACGCGAAAGUGGAGCCGAUAGAGUGGAGAUAUACAACUGUUCGUGUGGUCAAGAAGUACGAUUCCCACGUUACAAUGACCCUGCGAAGCUACUUGAAACAAGAAAAGGUCGGUGCGGCGAAUGGGCGAACUGUUUUGGCUUGAUGGCUUCUGCCAUGGAUUUUGAUGUUCGAUUCAUUUAUGAUGUUACGGAUCAUGUCUGGAUCGAGCUAUGGAUCCCAGAGUUCGAUAAUUGGGUACACUGUGAUCCCUGUGAAAAUGCUAUUGAUAAGCCUUUGCUGUAUGAAAAGGGUUGGGGUAAGAACCUGAGCUAUGUAAUUGCCUUUGGAACCGAUCACGUCUACGAUGUAACUUGGAGAUAUGUCCUUGAUACGGGGAAAACUUUGAAACUUCGUAACAAAGUUCGCGAAUCGGCUCUAAGCAACUUUCUGUCGGUAAAGCAUUUCUUCUUAUUUCAUUUGUUGCACAGUUUUCGUUCAUCACCAACAGAAACUCAAUUCGCGUGCUGGACAUUUGCUUCUAGUUUGGAAUACAAUUGCGCUCAAGAUUGCUACACACGAGGAUCUGAAACCAUCAAAGGUUGGGCGACUUACGCCAAUCGUAAAGGAAGUAUUCAACGGAAACAGGAAUCCGACUGGAAAAUGACAUACUUGUGUCGGGAUGAGAACGAAAAAGAAGCUGAAGUGAGUAAAUAG